UCAGUGUCCUUUCAUCUAUCGGCGGCGGCAGCAGCCUGUGCGGAACGGGAGAAUACUACACUGACACUGAAACUCUCACCAGUGCGGCGGGAGGACAGCUGCAGAGGACCCGGUGUGCUUCAUACAGAGAAAAGAGGUUUCAUUCGCCUGAUAUUUUAAAUCUUUAUGGGACGCGAACACCGCCCUCACUAACAUCUGGAGCUCGCGCUUCAUAGUGAAACUACUCCUUUUCGUGCUCGCGUGAUGUGUGGCAGGGCUAACUUAUGAAGUGACCCGGUGUUAGCAUCUCACCGGUGGAGCCGUCGCUGCUGGGCUGCAGGAACCGGACUCACUUGGAAGCUGGCAGGCAUAGGGGGAGCUAGCGAGCAUGGAUGAGCCCGCCAGCAGGAACAGCAGCCUGCAGAGGAAAAAGCCACCAUGGCUAAAACUGGACAUCCCAACCAUACAGCUGACGCCGGACGACACACUCACCCAGCCAGUAAAACGCCUGCGCAGUGUCAGCAUGCCAGGUGAAAACCCCCAGACACGCAUCGCUGCCUUGGAAACUUCCAACAACUACCUCAGACCUCCUCUGGAGAGAUUGCCCUCCUUUACACAGUCCAUCAAGAGUGAGAAAAGGGUGCGCUUUGAGCGGGUCAACACAGUUCCCCCAAAGGGCAAGAGGGGGCCCAGGAGGGUGUCAACCAUCCGAAGGCGGUCCUGCGUCCCCAAAAUACUGACCCGACGGCGUUCAUCUAUACCCAAACAGAUAAUCAGGGGUACGGCUGACUGGUUUGGGGUGAGCAAAGACAGCGACAGCACCCAGCGAUGGAGGAGGAAGAGCCUGCAGCACUGCAGCCAUCUGUACGGGGGUCUGAAGCCGCAGGUGAUGAGGGAGAUGGAGCUCCACAGCCAGGACAACCUCUCCCUGGCCAGCACUGAGACCCCUCCUCCCCUCUACCUCCCCCCCCACCACCCCAGUCACCACCACUAUGGCAUGCAGAGGAUCGUAGACCCCCUGGCCCGGGGUCGUGCCUUCCGCAUGGUGGAAGAGGUAGACGGCUUCAGUGUCCCGCAAACUCCCAUCACGCCUGGCACCGCCUCCCUCUGCUCCUUUUCCAGCUCCCGCUCCGCCCUCAACCGGUUGCCACGGCGACGCAAGCGGGAGUCUGUCGCAGUCAUGAGUCUCAAGGCUGCAGCAGCGCUAAUGAAGGGUCGGACAUUAGCCGACAGCACCUAUGGGCGACGUCGCAGGCGGAGUUUCAUGCCCCCUAGUUUCUUUGAAGACGACACCGUGGACUUCCCUGAUGAACUCGACACUUCCUUCUUUACCAGAGACGGCCUGCAGGAUGAGUUGUCCAGCUAUGCUGACGAAGUUUUUGAGACGCCAUCGGAGGCCGACCUCAAACAGCUGGACGAGAGCGAGCUCACAGGAAGCGCGCUGGAUAGGAACGAACUGGAGAGGAGUCACCUCAUGCUGCCCUUAGAGCGAGGAUGGCGGAAGGCAAAAGAUGGCUCUCUGGUCCAACCCAAGGUUCGUCUCAAACAGGAAGUGGUGAGCGUCAGCAACCAUCAGCAGCGGGGACAAAGGAUAGUGGUUCCUGUUAAGAAGCUGUUUGCCCGAGAGAAGAGGCCGUACGGCCUUGGCAUGGUCGGUCGUCUCACAAACCGAACGUACCGCAAGCGCAUUGACAGCUUUGUCAAAAGGCAGAUUGAGGACAUGGACGAUAACAGGCCUUUUUUUACCUACUGGAUCACAUGUGUCCAUUUGCUCGUCACCAUUCUGGCUAUCACCAUCUACGGCAUUGCCCCUCUGGGCUUCUCACAACAUGAAACUGUCGACUCUGUGUUGAGGAACAAGGCAGUUUAUGAAAACGUUAAGUUUGUGCAACAACAAAACUUCUGGGUGGGUCCAAGCUCAGAGGCGCUGAUCCACCUGGGAGCCAAGUUUUCCCCGUGCAUGCGUCAAGACCAAGAGAUUCACAAAAUGAUCCAGGAGAAGAGAGCGCGAGAGAGAGAGUCCGGCUGCUGCGUGAGGAAUGAUCGCUCCGGCUGCCUGCAGACUUUACAGGAGGAGUGUUCGAGUACCCUGGCAUUGUGGGUAAAGUGGCCUCAGCACCCCAGUGCUCCCAAUCUGAAUGGUACGCUACGUCAACAUGGUGCCGUCUGUCAUCAGGACCCCAGAAUUUGUCUGGAGCCAGCCUCAGUUUCGCCUCAUGAAUGGCCUGAUGACAUCACCAAGUGGCCGGUUUGUACAAGGUACAACUCUGGGAAACACACCAACCUUCCCCACAUAGACUGCACCAUAACAGGCCGGCCCUGCUGCAUCGGAACCAAAGGACGAUGUGAAAUCACUUCAAGAGAGUACUGUGAUUUCAUGCGUGGCUACUUUCACGAAGAGGCCACUCUCUGCUCACAGGUGGCUUGCAUGGAUGACGUUUGUGGUUUGCUGCCUUUCCUGAACCCGGAGAUCCCAGACCAGUUCUCCCGACUCUGGCUGUCUCUUUUUCUUCAUGCUGGGUUCCUGCACUGCAUGGUGUCAGUGGUUUUCCAGAUGACGGUGCUGAGGGACAUAGAGAAGCUGGCUGGCUGGCUGAGAAUCUCCAUCAUCUACAUGCUCAGCGGCAUCACUGGCAACUUGGCCUCAGCCAUUUUCCUGCCCUACAGAGCGGAGGUGGGUCCUGCAGGCAGUCAGUUCGGCAUCCUGGCCUGUCUGUUUGUGGAGCUGUUUCAGAGCUGGCAGAUCCUCGAGCGACCAUGGCGGGCUUUUGCCAAGCUGCUGGCCAUCUCGGUCUUCUUCUUUUCCUUCGGUUUGCUUCCAUGGAUCGACAACUUCGCCCACAUCUGCGGUUUUGUUUCGGGAUUCUUCCUGUCCUUUGCCUUCCUGCCAUACAUCAGCUUUGGGCAAUCCGACAUGUACCGUAAGCGGGUCCAGAUCUGCGUCUUCCUGCUGGUCUUCCUGGCUCUGCUCUCCGCCCUGGCUGUCCUCUUCUACGUCUACCCUGUGAAGUGUGACUGGUGCGAGUACCUCACCUGCAUCCCGAUCACCGACAAGUUCUGCGAGAAGUACGACCUGAACGCACAUCUCCUCUGAACGGUGGUCAGCCGGACUGUUUCUGGAUGUGUUCUGAUGCUGGACUGGGGCUGCUGUCGAAUAGUCAAAUUAGCUUGGGACGGUUCCUAACAGAGUGAAAUGACCCGGAAGUAGUUAGGUGGCUGCCAUGAUAAGAGCCGUUCGAGUUGUCACUGUAGCUGAUAUCGUAGGAAAUAUUUAAAGGGGUGAUAGAAUGCAAAACUG